AACUUGGAAUUCUUAAGGGUCAAUAGAUGCUGCGCAGAAGUGUACCUGSAUCGGCAAACUGGGAACUCUUCCAAAACACCAAMAGACAUGUCCUUUUCAGCUCGUGCCCUGUCCACAUGAAAACUGCAUCACAAAAAUGCAGAGAAUGCGAAUAAAAGAGCACGAGAACACAUGCAAGUACAAAAGAGUGGCAUGUGACGGCAAAUGCGGACUUGAGUUAGUCCAACAUGAACUUGAGAACCACAAAGCGCGUGACUGUCCUGAAACACUGAUUCYAUGUCCAUACCAAUGUACAAGUGUAGAUGGAUUGAUACAAAAUAUAAAAAGGAUGAACUUAGAUGACCAUUUGGCUACUUCUUGUGAUAGAGCAUUGGUAGAUUGUCCAUUCAAGGAUCAGGGAUGUUCAGUCCAAGUUGAACGACAACAUGUCGAUAAACACGAACAAGACAACAAGACUGAACACUUGAAAUUGGUUGAAAAUCAAAAUACACAGUUGAAGAAUGAAUUAAGUGAAGUUAAGAGGAAAAGUCGCUAUGAUUCCUUUGGGAGUUACUUGUGGAAGAUAUAUGAUUACCAAUCCCUUGCCAAAACAAAAGAAAAAGGCACGUCAUUUACAAGUCCGAUGUUCAUACAAUGUGGUCACCUAUGGAUGAUGGAAGUUUUUCCAAAUGGUUCAAGUACUUCAGGUUUUGGAAUGAUGAAUUUGCGUUUGUUUUGGAUUGGAGACGAAGAGAGGAAACAAUAUGAAGAUCAUAAAAUAUCUGCUGUUGUAAGACUGGAAGUUUUAAGUGUCAAACAAGGAAACAAAAAUCAUGUCGUAACCAGGAAUAUAAUAUUGAAAAAGUCAAAUGAUUACUGGGAGUGGGAUCGGUUCAUGAGGUCAAAUGUCGCACUUUCCAGAACCUUCUGUGACAGUUCCACUGGGAUCUUGCAAAUUCAGUGUGAUAUACGAUUAAAAGACCAGGAGUAAAAAUAUCGAUAGUGGCAAGAUCAAGGUAUCCUUUGUUAGCAGAAAGCCAGGGCCCGGUUGAACGAAUGGAGGAUAAGGAUUUAUCCAUCAGAUAGUGCUAUCCAGCGGGUAAGUUGAUGCUGUUAUAUCUAAUAAAUCUAUCCACUAGAUAAGGAUAUGUCCGUUGGAUAGCGCUAUCCAGGCUUCGUACAACCGGGCCUAAGUGUACAAAAAGUACCAUUUCGAAUUACACCAUUUAAAACAUCUGGUCGGAAAUUUGUUUGCUAAUGCAUUAGUAAUUUAGUGAGAAAGGAAUACAUUAAAAGACAAAAGAAAAAGUUCAG